AUGUUAUGUGAUUCCCUCAUGCUCAUGAUGCAUUUUCUAUAUCUUGGUCCUUCAAUACUCUUAGGAAAUUGGUUCUUCGAAGGUGAACAAAACUCAUCAGCUGUCUCUCUAAUCGGAUCUUACUUACUCGAAUUUUGGUUCCUACAAUCAUUGAUUCAGAUCUUAUUAGCUAUAACAAGGCUUCAUGUUAUUUAUCAUCCGGAAAAAAACUAUUUUACUGUGAAUCGCAUUCUACGAGCCUUCUUUUUACUCAUAUUGCUUUCGUUGUUUUCUACAGCUGUGUUUCAACUCUUAUUUUCUUGCUGCAGGUUCAUACCAGAUCCUCGAGUUUUCGGAUACUCUUCUCUCAAUCUCACAAAGAAUAGAAUCAACACCUCAACUUAUUCCAUCGGAUUACCAUACGAUUUGAUAUGCAGCACUAUAUGCUCCAUAUCUUAUGUGAAAGUACGAGGACAUAUUUCCUAUUGA